UGGUGAAAUUAGUUUUCUCCUCCGGCUAUCCGUUACCCACGAGUUUGCCAAUCAAAUCCUCUUUCUCUCUCUCUCUCUCUUUUUCUCUUUCUCUCACUUCCCAUUAACAAAAUAACAGUAAGCAACCACACCACUUUCUAACCCCACCCCACUUCUUCUUCCCCACUUUCCAUUCUUCUUCCUCUUCAAAAUCUCAGAUGGGUUUUUGAUUUUGAAGUUGUUGCACUUAAUCUUCUUCUUCUUUCAUUAUUCUCUGUUCUUAAAGGUGGAAAAUUAUAUAUAUAAAAAAAAAAACGGCCAAAAAGGUAAAGUUGUGGGAAGAAGAUUUUUGUUGUUUAUUUUUUCCUUCCAUGAAUGCUUCCUUGCUUCCUUCACACCCAUUUCCCCUUUUUUCCUCUUUCUCUAUAUUCAUUGCUUCUCUAAACUGACCUACCAAGCAAAACAGAGAGACCCACUUAUUAGAUUUCAUGAUUGUUUCCUUCUCUUCUUUCUUCUUUGCUUGUGGGAAUCUUUUAGUUUCUUUGGAAUCGAAAACUUGGGGGUGGGUUUUGAUCUUGGUUUAAGUUUCUUCAAUGUCUAAGACCCCUACUGUGAUUGAUCUUGAAGCCAUGCCGUUUAGUGAAGUGUGUAAUAAACUGAAGCGUUUCAGAUUGUUUGAGCCUUCUCUUGGGGUUUUCGGGUUCUUUUUUGUGUCUGUUUGUUUGAUUUGUAGCUUUUUCUUCUUGGAUUAUAGAACUGCUUCGAAAGGCUUUGUGUUUCCUCUUCGGUCAGAGAGUUUUGUUUGGCUUAGAAAUGCUAAUUUGGGCCAGAAUCGAAAGUUUGAUUUUCUUUCUGAAGAGGGAAAUGGGUGUGAUUUGUUUGAUGGAAAUUGGGUUUGGGAUGAUUCUUAUCCUUUAUAUGAGUCCAAGAGUUGUCCGUUUGUGGACCAAGGCUUUCGCUGCUCUGAAAAUGGCCGCCCUGAUUUGUUCUACACCAAAUGGAGAUGGCAACCUAAACUUUGCAACUUGCCCAGGUUCAAUGCAACGUUAAUGUUGGAGAAAAUGCGGAACAAACGGGUGGUGUUUGUUGGUGACUCAAUUGGAAGAAACCAAUGGGAAUCUCUUUUGUGUAUGCUAUCAUCUGCAGUUCCAAAUAAAGAAUCCAUCUAUGAAGUGAAUGGUAGUCCAAUAACAAAGCACAAGGGAUUUUUGGUGUUCAAGUUCAAGGACUUCAACUGCACUGUUGAAUACUACAGAGCUCCAUUUCUCGUCUUGCAGAGUCGACCUCCGUCUGGAACUUCUCAAGAGAUCAAGACUACUCUUAAACUAGAUCAAAUGGAUUGGUCCUCAGCCAAGUGGCGAGAUGCUGAUGUUUUGGUCUUUAAUACUGGGCAUUGGUGGAACUAUGAGAAGACCAUUAGAGGAGGCUGUUACUUCCAAGAGGGGAAGGAGGUUAAGAUGAAAAUGAAGAUUGAAGAUGCAUAUCAGCAGUCACUCAAGACUGUGAUGCACUGGAUCAACAAAGAACUAAACUCCAAGAAAACGACUGUCUUCUUUCGAAUGUUUGCCCCUGUACAUUUUCGAGGUGGAGAUUGGAGGAAUGGUGGUAGUUGUCAUUUGGAAGCUCUGCCAGAGCUCGGUUCUUCACUUGUUCCUCCGGAAACCUGGUCACAUUUUCGGAUAGCUAAUUCCAUCCUAUCAGGUUAUCCGACUACUCCAAAUUCAACUAGAUUAGAGAUUUUAAACGUAACUCAAAUGACUGCACAGAGAAAAGAUGGGCAUUCGUCUUUAUACUACCUCAGUCCCGAUGUUGGUCCUGCACCACCUCAUCGACAGGAUUGUAGCCACUGGUGUUUGCCUGGGGUUCCUGAUGUGUGGAAUGAACUUCUUUAUGCACUGUUCUUGAAGCAUGAAUCAUGAAUGGAAGUCUACAACUUCUCAGGCCACACCAUUCUGAUUGAAGCUAAAGGAUUUUGUUGCCAAGUUAUUUGAUAGUUUGGACAUAUUGAGUAGGCCGAUCGCCUUCUUGGAAGAACUGUCUCGAGGUUUCGAAGAAGAUUGAUUAUUGAAGCUUUGCAGAAACGUGAGAAAGCAAAGUGAUGGAAUUUGCUUACAAGAAAUGAUAACCAAAGAAGGCCAAUACAACAUUCUUCAAUAGUCUUGGAAGUAGCCAAAAUUUUUGGACACAGAGGGGGCUUACUUGGAAGAAUAAACAGCAUAGAUAAUAUAUUUUUUUUAUAUAUAUAAAAAAAUAGAUUUAAUGGGGAUUUUGUACAUAUUUAAAUUGCUAAAUUUGUAAUAUUACAAUGAAAGAAAGGGUCUUUCCCAAGUAAGAUCUUUAAUUGAUUCAAAUUUAUCCAGAUUAGUUGGUUGGGCUUUAGAAAUGGCCUCAGCAGUUAGACUGGAUUAUCACCUAUUCCAAACCA